UGUGUGUAUGUUUGUAUGUACACAUAUGUUCUAGAUAACAGUUAUAUUAAAAAUUGGUUUCUCAGUUAAACAUGUCGUGUUCCUAAGAGAGCAUGUAAUAAAUAAUAUAAUCUUUCCGCAUAAAGUAAGAUGUAUGUAUGCCAAAGUUUAAAUAGUUUACGAUGGCCCUUUAUCGACCCAGAGGCACUUUGGCACGCGUUAUUUACGCCAAAUUUCAUAAUGACAAUUUUUUAGAGAACAUAGACACACAACAGUGGUAUUCAUUGAACUGUGAAUUACCUCAAAGAUUCCAGUCGAAAUUUGUGGAUCUUAAACAGCCUGACCCGACAACAGUACGAUGGCUGGAACGCACAAAGAUGUUGUCCUCAAAUAUUUGGUUGCAUUUAUGGCAUGCAUUGGCCAGGUCCGUUCUGCAGUUUUUUAUGACACAGACCGAUAUCAAUGGACUUUUAAAACGUGGCUCCAUGUUCAUUUUGUCAGAGGAGCAAUUCUGUAGACUACUGGAAGCAGGUGGAUUUCAAACAAGAACUCUAGCCGAACCGAUAACUCUCUUAGAUAUUGGUGCCGGUGACGGGGAAGUCUCGUUGCGUGUGGCAAAUAGUGUUAAUGAACUUAGCGGCAAUGCUGUUUUACAAGUAUUUGCCACUGAAGCCAGUUGGACAAUGCGAGAGAGGCUAAAGAAGCUGAAUUUUAAUGUAGUUACUGAAAUACGUGAGCUACAGAAUGUAAAUUUAAUUUCAUGUCUUAAUGUACUAGACCGCUGCUUCGAUUCCUUUAAGCUACUCGAAGAUAUACAUACUGCAUUAGCUCCGACAGGACGCGCUGUAAUUGCAUUAGUUCUUCCAUAUAUGCAUUAUGUUGAAACGAAUACAUCGCAUUUACCAUUAAGGCCACUUCUGGAUAAUUCCAAUAAGCGAAAUGGUCGUGAAGCAUCGUUUGAGGAAGAAGCAACAAUGUUUUUGGAACUAUUAGAGAAUUGCGGCUUUCGCGUUGAGUCUUGGACGAAAGCUCCAUAUUUAUGUGAGGGUGAUCUUCGACAAUCAUUUUAUUGGUUGAUUGAUCUUAUUGUUGUACUUUCCAAAAAGCCUACAAAUUGAAGUAUUUUAUUUUUAUACUAUAUAAUAAACUUUCCAAAAUAUUUCCAAUUACUAUAAUAA